CCUCACCCCUCGAGUAGUCAUUUCCUUUGAGAAGAUCUCCACUUUCAUUUCAUACACACCAUAUCAUAACCAUGGCCUCCUCCGCUCAAAACAUCCACAGCGGCGCCACGUCAGCGCCGCCGCCAACGCCGUCAACACAGCCCAACAACAACCUCUUCUCCACCACCUCCUCCGCCGCCGCAGCCGACGCCCUCUCCCGCCUCCUCCACCGCCUCCCGCCCGCCCUCUCUCUCCCUUCCCGCCGCCUCGCCUCCCCUCCCGCCAAGUGUCCUCCCUCCAUCUCCCUCUCUGGCGAUACUAUUCUCGACGACCUCCUCUCGUCCUCGUCCCAACUCGGUUUCUUCCAAUUCACCGGCCACUCAGUCCCACCCCAACUCGCCAGCUCGGCCGAGUCGGAAGCGCUCGCAAUCCUGAACCUUGCCAGAGAACAGAAGGAAUCGUGUUUCCCAAAGAACUGGCCUUUGGGGUACGAAGCAGAGGAAGAUGAGGAAGGAGACGGGCAAGGCGAGUUUCUCUGUCUCGACUCGGCGUGUUCCGCCGAGUCGACCGAGUUGGCUGUCAGUUCGGUCAGCGAGUUGACCCGGGAGUUGGAGAGAGUCGGGUUGAGGAUAGUCGAGAUGCUUUCCGGGUCGGUCGGAUUUGAGAACCCGUUUGGGAAUAACCCAGAGAGGUUGUGCUCUUACAUGUGGAUAUCCGAGGAUUUGCCUGGCAAAAAGGCGAUGAAUUCGGGUGGGUUUUAUCCGUAUGUAGUCGGGUUGCAGUAUCAAAUUCGGAGCAGAAAGUAUUCAUUGAUGGCGGAUUCGGGUUGGGUCUCGGUCUUGCCCCAGAUAGACUCGGUCAUGGUUACUAUAGGUGACAUUGCUCAAGUAUGGAGCAAUGGGAAGUUGAAGAAAGUGAGAGGAAGACCAAUUGCGUGUUCAGGAGAAGGCAUGAACAACACUCGCAGCAUAUCAAUGACUGUGCUUAUAACUCUUCCUCUAGACAGUACGGUCUCUCCUCUUCUCCCCAAAGACUGCACUAAAACUAAUAAUACUAAUUGUGGCCACAACCAUAAUAAGGAUGAAGAAUGUGAAGAAGAAGAAGAAAAGAGGUUGUUUAACUCAUUUUCUUUUGAGGAUUAUGCUUGGAGAGUCUAUCAUGAGCGCUUUCCGAUCAAAGAUCCGCUUGACAGGUACCGAAUCAAGUAAAUUUUAGCUGUUUUUCUAAGAGGAUAUAUAUGUAAUUCUGCUGCUUGGCUUGCCCUACAGCUAGUUUGAUACUCUUUUUUUCCCCUUCUCUUUCAGGAGAUUGAUUAUUAGUGGUUUCUUUUAUUUAUUUAUUUUGAUCAUAUUUGGUGGCAUUGAGGUGGACAUUGUUACUUAGUUGUGCUUUAUAUUAUUUGUGUACGUACGAAGAGGGAGUGGUUGUUAUCAUUAUA